CAGCGCAGCUUAAAACCCUAAUUCCCUCCAAAUCAUAUUUAGCGUUUUUUCUCCUCCCAGCACGCCGCAGAAAACAUAUCUCGCAAGCCGCAGCGAUAAAGAGAGAAAAUGGAGGCCGCAAGAACAGUUAAGGACGUUUCCCCCAACGAAUUCGUCAAGGCUUACGCCGCCCAUCUCAAGCGCUCUGGCAAGAUCGAGCUUCCUCCCUGGACUGAUAUUGUCAAGACUGGUAAAUUCAAGGAGCUUCCUCCCUAUGACCCUGAUUGGUACUAUGUCAGAGCUGCUUCCAUGGCAAGGAAAAUAUACAUGAGGGGAGGUCUUGGUGUUGGUGCCUUUAGAAGGAUUUACGGAGGGGCUAAGAGAAAUGGAAGUCGCCCACGCCAUUUCUGCAAGAGCAGUGGAUCUGUUGCUCGUCAUAUACUUCAGCAAUUGCAGAAUGUUAAUAUCAUUGAUAUUGAUCCUAAGGGCGGUAGGAGAAUCACAUCAAACGGCCAACGUGAUCUGGAUCAAGUAGCUGGAAGGAUUUCGGUUGCAAUAUGAGAAAUUUUAACAGAUGCUUUCCUCUUCUUGAUAUUUAGUUGUUUGAAAGGACAAUCACAUCAUUUUUCUUCCUAGUAUACACCGCACUGAGAUAUGAUUUUUUUA